GUUUUUUAUAACUUUCAAUAUAAGUUAAAAGUUACUUAUUUCCAAAAAAACAAAAAAAAAAUAUCAAACAAGCAAAAAAAUUAGGUGUGAAUUUUGAGAGCGAGCGAACGAACAAGCAGCGUGCGAAAGCGUUAAGAGAGAAGUAAUACAUAUAAUGGAUUUUGUACAAGUAGCCGAAGAAGAGGGUGAGGAACCCAUAGAGCUUCCAGCAGAGGAGGAUGGAACUUUACUUCUAUCCACCUUGCAAGCUCAAUUUCCUGGUUCAUGUGGUCUAAAGUAUCGCAAUGAAGAUACGAAGGCAGUGCGCGGUGUGCGUUCGAAUGAGGGUCGCUUAUAUCCGCCAUCUUCUGAAGACGGUUGGGGUUCAAGCGUAUUUUUCUGUGUUUUCCCCAAAGAAAACAAACGCAAAAGUGAUGACAAUUUGGAAAACUCCACCGCCAAAACUAAACGUAUUGAAACUCGUUUACGUUGCACCGAUUUAAUUGUUUUAGGUUUACCUUGGAAAACCACGGAGGAUAGUUUGCGCGAGUAUUUUGAAAGUUAUGGUGAAGUGUUAAUGGCACAAGUAAAAAAGGAUAUGAAAUCUGGUCAAUCGAAAGGUUUUGGGUUUGUACGCUUUGGUUCGUACGAAGCUCAAAUGCGUGUGCUCUCGUCUAGACAUUUAAUUGAUGGACGUUGGUGUGAAGUAAAAGUACCAAAUUCUAAAGGUAUGAUGCAUCAAGUGCCAUGUAAAGUAUUUGUUGGUAGAUGUACUGAAGACCUAACCGCCGAUGAUUUGCGAGAUUACUUUUCAAAAUUCGGAGAAGUAACCGAUGUUUUCAUACCAAAACCUUUUCGUGCAUUCAGUUUCGUAACAUUUUUGGAUCCUGAAGUUGCGCAAUCUUUGUGUGGCGAGGACCACAUUAUUAAAGGUGUAUCGGUACAUGUUUCAAAUGCAGCCCCAAAGUCGGAACAAAAUCGAAACUCUGGUCAUAACCAACAAAAUUACUCGUACAAUUCUCAAAGUAGCAUCGGCAGCGGCCUACACAUGUUACAUCAUCAAGGCCUUAAUGCAAGUGGCAGCGCUGGUGGAGGCGGUGGCGGCGGCGGUGGUAGUAGCAAUAACAGUUCUGGACGCAACGGCCAUCAACGUUCGAGCAAUUCGAAUAAUAUGCUGAGUGAUGGACCCAUGUCGGGCAGUUCUAAUAACGGUUCAUAUGGCAUGAAUGGUAAUGGCUAUGGUGGCAACAACAAUGGAUUUAAUAGUGGCGGCAGUUUGGGCGGCAGCAGUAGCGGAUUGAUGGGAAAUUCUGGCAACCGGUCAGAUGGAUCAAUCACUCCAUAUAAUCGUGGCAAUGGAGGUAAUUAUAUGAAUAGUCGUUCAAUGGGUCCUCAGCAUAGUAGCAGUGGAAAUAUGGGUUGGAAUAAUCAAACCAAUCGUGGUCAUCUCGAUAUGCCCAAUUUGCAAGCGUUAGGCAUAAAUCCACAAGGGCCAAAUCCACCAAAUCAAGGUCAAAAUAUGAAUAACCCAUUGGGUGUCGGCCUCAAUUUGAACUCAUUACCAAUGAAUCCUGCUAUCGUGGCUGCUGCCUUGAAUCAAUGGAGUCUACUCGGCAAUCAAUUGCAGAAUCAGUCGCAAGAUCAACAGGUAUCAAAUCAGGGUGGAAAUUUUUUGUCUUGGAUGGCCCAAGCUAGUAACUCGGGAAAUGGUGGAGGUUUAAAUGCCAGUGGCAAAGGCAACAACUCAAAUAAUCCUAGUUCUAAUGGAAGUGCAGGCAUGGGCUCAGGAUCCUGUAAUGAUACACAACAGAAUGGCAGUACUAACUCGAGCAGCCAAGGAUGGUCACGUCAAAACUCUGGUGGUGUAUCGCAAGGCUCGGCUGAUGUUAAACCGAAAUUCAUUUAAAUUAAAUUAAAGCAAAACAUUAAAACUGAACAAAAAUUAUGUGAGAGCUAGCUACGUGUGUGUAUGAUGAUAAUUUUGACGCGAUUUUUAAAUUUUGACCGGUAUUUCAUUAAACAUAAAUAAAUAUGUAAUCGUAAAAUGGUUAAAAUCAUGCUUAACAGUAACAGUAUAUUGAUCUGAAUAAAGUUUUAACCUCUAUUGUAGUGCAAAA